UUAAGGUAAUAAGGUUAUCUUUGAGCUGUCACUUUCUCUGCUGCUCAUUUGGUUUGUUGUAAAUGGGGCAAAAGGGGUUAAUUUGGGGGUCAUUAAUGUGAUAAACAAUUAUGUAAAUCAUGAGAUAACAAUUUUUCUAUGUACAUGUUCCACGAAGAACACUUUUAUGUGUAAUUGGUUUUGUAAGUUUUAAAAAUAGAUCAACAUGGCUAAUGAAGUACAAAAUGUGCUAAAGAAUGCAGAUGCUAUAUGUUUUGACGUAGAUUCAACAGUAAUACAAGAAGAAGGAAUCGAUGAAUUAGCAAAAUUUUGUAAUAAAGGAACGGAAGUUGCUGAUCUGACUGCAAAAGCUAUGACAGGGAAUAUGACUUUCCAAGAAGCUUUAAAAUUACGUUUGGAUAUUAUCCAGCCUACAUUACUGCAAGUUAAAGAAUUUAUAAAAACUCAACCUCCAACAUUAACCCCAGGAAUUAAGAAGUUAGUAAAUUUAUUACAUUUUCGUCACAUACCUGUAUUUUUAAUAUCAGGCGGAUUUAAAUGCAUAAUAGCCCCAGUAGCGCACCAGUUAAACAUUCCACAAGAGCAUAUUUUUGCAAACAGAUUGAAGUUUUACUUCACAGGUGAAUUUGCUGGUAUUGACGAAAAUCAACCAACUAGCAAAAGUGGUGGAAAAGGGGUAGUUAUAGAAUACCUAAAACAUACAUACGAUUUUAAAAAUUUAGUUUUAAUUGGGGACGGUGCCACUGACCUUGAAGCUUGCCCACCAGCAGACGCAUUUAUAGGUUAUGGAGGAAACGUUAUUAGACCAAAGGUGCAAGCGAAGGCAAAGUGGUUUGUUACAGAUUUUAAUGAAAUUGUUGACGUUUUAACUCAAUCAACAUAGUUGAUUUUUUAGAUAAAGUUUUAUAGAUGUUAUAUUUGUAGAUCAAUAUAUCAUUUUAUUAAUUUUUA